AUGACUUCGUCGCUUGAUAAGCUCAAAGCCACGGGCACCACAGUCGUGUGCGACUCUGGUGACUUUGCAACAAUCGACAAAUACAAGCCUCAAGAUGCAACCACUAAUCCCUCUCUCAUCCUCGCUGCUUCGAAGAAGCCAGAGUAUGCUAAACUGAUGGAUGCCGCUGUCGAAUAUGGUAAAGAUCAUGGCAAUAAUAUCGACGAGAAAGUAGAUGCCACCCUCGAUCGACUUCUGGUCGCAUUUGGCUGCGAGAUCCUCAAAAUUGUUCCUGGCAAGGUUUCAACGGAGGUCGAUGCACGUUUCUCCUUUGACACGAAGGAGUCCGUUAAUAAAGCACUCCACAUCAUCGACCUCUACAAACAAUUAGGAAUCGGAAAAGAACGGAUUCUUAUCAAAAUUGCCUCGACCUGGGAAGGUAUCCAGGCAGCACGUAUCCUCCAGUCGCAACAUGGUAUCAACUGCAAUCUCACUCUUAUGUUCUCCCUCGUGCAAGCUAUUGCUGCCGCUGAGGCUGGUGCCUUCCUGAUCUCUCCCUUCGUUGGCCGCAUUCUCGACUGGUACAAAGCGGCGAUGAAGAAAGACUUCUCUCCAUCCGAAGAUCCAGGUGUAAAGAGUGUGCAGUCGAUCUUCAACUACUAUAAGAAGUUUGGCUACAAGACCAUCGUGAUGGGCGCAUCCUUCCGAAACGUUGGAGAGAUCACGGAGUUGGCGGGCUGUGACUACUUGACCAUUUCACCUAACUUGCUCGAGGAUCUCUACAACUCAACAGAAGAGGUUCCCAAGAAACUUGAUGCUGAGGGCGCGACCUCGCUGGACAUCCAGAAGCAAAGCUAUGUUGAUGAUGAAGCACUGUUCCGGUUUGAUUUCAACGAGGAGCAGAUGGCGGUGGAGAAGCUUCGAGAAGGUAUCUCGAAGUUUGCCGCUGAUGCUGUCACCCUAAAGGGCAUCUUGAAGGAGAAGAUCGAGAAGGCAUGA